CCUCGUGGAUCUGCAAUCCCGAGGAGUGUGACGCAGCCUGCGAUGAUGAACAAUUUGUUGCAGGAUUCGGCGACGAAUGGGAACCAGAAUGUUGGUAGCCCGAGUCCGAACUCGAAGGUGGCGAAAGGGAGGGGGGACAAGAAGUUCACCUCGGAUGCUUCUGCGCAGAGGAGUGGGAGUAGUGGUGCGGCGAGGAGAGUGAUGGAUUUCUUUAGGAUGAGGAGUCGUGCGAAGAAUGGGCUCUAGAUGGGUUCAUGCAAGAUAUACGCGUAAUAGUCUGGCUUUGUUUGGGAUCGUUUUUGUGCUUGCUGUUGGGUUUCUGGAGUCUUGUCUCGCUUUUGUGCACGUUGUCUUGGUUAUAUUGUUCGUUUUGCUUGGAUUUGAUGCCACGGCCGUUGGCAAUGUGUUGUUUUGUUUGCAGCUGUUAUUCUGCUUUUGCUUCCCAUGCAAAUGGCAACGGAUAUACCUGAUCAUCACAAACCAACAUCUCUUUUCUCUCUUCUCACGAUGUUUCGGGUUUUCCCACGGGGUUUCACAUCGUCACGCGGAUUCUGCGCGCACGCAAAAAGGGCACCGGCCGCGAUAAGGGCAUGUGACGUGACUACCCCGCCGGCAAUGAGAUACAUAUAUAUAUAUAUAUAGCACCCAGCAUGUGUAUAUUGCCUGGGUCCUCCUAGCUGAC